CUCAAAAACAGGACAAGAGGUCCACGAUGAUCUUAUCACCCUAUACUCUCCUUUUUUUAUGCGUCGUUCAUUCUCCUCACUCAUUCGCCCAUUAUACCCUCCACAAACGCAUGGAAGUAGUUGAGGGCGUCGAAGCCUCUGCCCGGUUAGCCAAAACUACCUCAGAGGUCGGACGUCCCUCCGUUCCUACCGCCGUCAACACCGCCGUCGCCCUAACCAAACCUCAAUCUACUGCUGAUGCCCUAAAAGAUGCCACGGAAUUCCUGCCAAAAGAAAUUCAACCCCAAGGAGACCUUCCUCCUCACACUACUUCCUCUGAACAUCCAGUUCAUCUUGACGCCCACAAUCCCGCCUUCCAUCCCCCGGAGUUAGAUCCUAGCCUGCAUCCUCCCCCAAUAGAGCCUCCCAAGCUUACUGCUAUCUUCCGCAUAAAACACAAAUUCGCUUCAGGUUGGAAGAACAUCUCUUUGUCUUUCCGACGCUUUACCAAUGUCUUCUCCCGAAGUAGUGCUCCACGGACCUUCUCCUACGCACCCAAACUUGCAGCCGACUUUCGCGGAAUACCGCAAGACUCAGAGCAGAUCAAAACACUCGUCUCAGAUCUGUUGGAACAGCUCGUCAACAAAAAGUCCGCGAAAUCCUACCAAUCCUACGUACGAGCCAACCCAGUCCUCGAUAAAAUCCCAGAGAUCACCCAAGAAACCACCGACUAUUUGUCUCAAAUCCAAAAGUUUAUUGCCCACGACAUGCCCAAAAACGAAGAAGAGAUCUCCCGAAGCAGUGAACAGAUCGCCCUCAAACUUGCACCCGCCCUCAAAGAUUCAGCCAAUCCCAGCACGGCUUCUCUGGGUAAUCUGGCCCUUCAAUUGGCCCGCUUCAACUCCCAUGAGUUAUUGGAAGCUCGAAUUGGAAUCCGCUUAUACGGUGGUCAGCGUGUAGAAUCCUUGGCCAACAUGCACGGAUUCCUAGGACCCCAAAACGUGUUCUCAUCUCAAAUGGCCUCGAUCCUUCGCGACGAAAGCAUUGUGGGCAAGCUGCCUGAAGGUUUCAACUCGGACAGAUUUGUCAAGGAGCUCGAAGAGUUGCAGACCCACCUCACCGAGCUAGCCAGAUACCAAUCCGCCGCACGCCAGGCCGCCAGGCACAUCAGCCAUUGCCCCCAUUCCCCUACGACCAGGUCUCCGAGCUCGAAAAAUUCCAAGAAAACCAAGCCAAGAUUUUCAAUGGAGAUCGCCAAGGCUUUCAAACACUCAUCUCAAAAUCGAGAAAGCCGAGCCUUACCAAGCUUUCCAAAGCGAUCUAAACUUGUGUUUGCUCUGAGUGGACAGUCCAGAGAAUUGGCUCUGGAUAAUACCGUCAAGCGGAUGGCAAUGGCCGUCAAGGCUCGUGAGCUUAGUCAGAAAAUGUCGAGCCUUUACACUAAUAAAGGGCUCGAUCUCAUCGCCCAAACUAUCCGCACUCAUCCAUCCUAA